AUUUCAUAAACAAACGUGCAACCUAAAUAGAAACGUUUCAGGCACAUUUUUGCUGAAACGUUUCUCAAACGUUCCUCUUGAGACGCAUUUAAAACAUUCUUCAGAGCGCUUGCGCACUGCAAUUUUGACAGAGGAGUAUUUUGUUAUUGCGCAUCGUGCUAGAACGACGGAUUCCCGCGAAACGUUCGUGUUUUGUGAAAAAAUAAGUACCAUAAAGGUUCUUGAAUCGGUAUUAGUUUAUCGUAUUAACGUAUAAUAACCUACUGUAUAUUAAAGUUGUAGCGUCAACAUAUAUGUCGGAACAACAUGUCGCAAGAGGAAAAAGAAUUACUUGAAGAAAGGCAUUGGACUGUUGUUGAAUUCACCAAGGACGACGAUUAUCGGGAAAUAUCCUGCAUUCCCAACAAUUGGGUCUUCAGCAAAAACGACGAAGUAUUUUCGUUUUGGCCGAAGAGGAAUAUACGAAAACAUAUCAAAAAUGCAACUCCCCCAGAAAAGCAAUGGGACGUUUGGCCGGCAAGGGUAAUGCUUAAAAAUAGCGUAUCAUAUAAGGAAGCUAUUUCCUUUGAGAAAAAAAAUGAAAAGGUAACUGAGUCAGAGGGAGAAGAAGUUCGUUCCAAGAAACGCAAACGAAAGGCAAUUUGUCUUAAGGAUUUUAUAACUGAUGUACUAGAAGAAGAGGAAGAUGAUCAAAUUCCACCUCCGCCAAAAAUUAUUAAAGCACCACCUUCGCCAGCUACGACAGUGCCUUCACGAUCCCUAAAUGAUAUUUUAUCUGCCAAAUCCUAUGGUGACAUUGCCACUACUUCUGGUGAUACUUUAUCAGUAAGAAGCUUGGAACGUAAUAAUAAUGAUUCACCUGCGACCUUAUCGUUAGGUUCAGAAGUUAAUACUUCUCCACAAGACUCCUUAAUCAUUACUGAACCAUGUAAUGUUGAUGAUCAAAUUGUAGACAAACUAAAUGAAAUUAUAAGAAAAACCACUCGGGUAGAAAUUAUGGUGAAAAGAUUAUUACAAAAAAUUAGUAAUGAUCCUACACAUACCCCAUUACAUAAUACUGACAGUAUUAGUAAUACAUGUAUACAACCUUUUACAAAGUACCGGCUGUUAUGUGAAUACGAAGAAAGAUUAAAAUCUGGCGAGGACGCCAGAAAAGAACUGGACAACAUUUUCCGCUUAUGUGGAGGCAACUCCACUAAAGAAAAUAUAAAAAGGGGUUUGCGCCGCAUAUUUGAUGAUAAAUUGGCUCGUAAAUGCUCUUGGCUGGGUAGAAAAAAUAAUUUUCAAGUGUCUAACUUGAUCAUUAUGGAUGUACUAAAAAUACAUUUUAGAUGCAGUUCGAAAAAAUUUUCCGUUAUUAACCGACAAAAUAUUUGAAUUAACUGUUUCUACAUGGCUGAGACAAGCAAAUCUUCGCUUCACGAGAAAACUUGAGAAAUAGUUGUAUGUAUAACUUUAACUUCCUGUCAGUAUUUUUUUAUAUUUUUUGUAUUUUGUUUUAUUUUAACUGUGCACUUUGUAAGUUACUUUUGUUUAAAAUUACCAUAUCAUAUAUGUAAUAAAUACAUA